UUCAAGUCUACCAACCAGUCACUGUGGUGUGCCAAUAAUUAGUGAAAGGAUACAAAAGCAUUUUUGCUUACUAGUUUCAAGCGGGAGACUUUCGAUCUCGAACGAUUUGUUCUUCAGGAUUUUCUAUGACUAGAACAGCACCCCCAUCGCCAUUUUUCCGGCCUUCGACUCCUCAUGUCGUCGUGGUACGCCAAAGCCCGGGUGGGACCCGAACUACCGUAUCACAAAAAGAAGUUCACGAGCAUAAGAGUACAAUGCUCGGUUGUACCGCAAAUCUAGUAAAUGCAAUUGUUGGAAGCGGUAUUGUCGGUAUUCCAUAUGCGAUUCAACAAGCUGGAUUUGGUGCCGGGCUCUUUCUUAUCUUAUUGUGUGCAGUGAUUACAGAGAAAUCACUACGCUUACUGAUAAGCACCGCCAAACAUGUUCAUUGUCCGUCAUACGAAACUGCAAUGGAGGCUCCCUUCGGUGUUGCAGGUUUCCGCUUUGUUGCAAUCAACAUGUUUGUCAUGGCGUACGGUGCCAUGCUGUCUUACCUCAUGAUUGUUAAAGACAGCUUUUCCGUCAUGAUUGGCAUAGAAACUGACGACUUUCCAAUGAAACGAGCUGUGCUUUUGCUAGUUUCUAUAUUGAUUAUGGUGCCUUUGAGCUCGCAACGUGAUAUGGCUGAUUUGGCAUGGACUUCGCGUUUGUCGGUUAUCAUUGAUACCGUGUUGGUGGGUUUAGUCGCGUGGAAUGCCCCGAUUGAAGAGUCAUUUCAAAAUCGCGGCGGUUGGCCAGCCGUGCUAAUUGACACUUUCCACGCUGACACAAUAUUUGUCGGCUUGGGUGUAUUAUCCUUCGCCUUUGUGUGUCAACACUCAGCGUUCAUUAUCGCAGGAAGUUUGGAUAGACCUACGGUGGCCCGCUGGUCCAUUGUCACUCGCAAUGCAUUGAUCUUAUGUGCAUGCCUAGCAACGACGUGUGGAGUGUCUGGAUACCUAGGCUAUCUCGAUAAAACCCAAGGCAAUAUCCUCAACAAUUUGAGUGUCGACUCAUUCUCAGCUAACGCGGCACGUGGGAUGCUUGGUUGUACCAUGCUUUUUGUUUAUCCUCUCGAGUCCUUUGUUGCUCGACACGUCUGCGUUGUUUUGCUAUUUUCGGGGCGGCGGGCCCAUGAAGGAGAAGACUCCGCCAUUUUGAACCGACGGGACCGACGAAUUGGGCUGACUGUAUUGCUCUACUUGAUUGCAGUGAUACCCGCAGCAUUCUUUGAAGAUUUGGGGUCAGUAUUGGCUGCUACAGGAGCCGUGGGUGGAUCCUGCCUUUCCUACAUUGGACCGGGACUGGUAUAUUUUGGGGUACACGGUGGUCGCUUCUUGGAAUUGGUUGAUGCAUCUUGGCUAGGGUCUGUGUGGAGAACCAACAACAAAUCCACAGCAGAUCGUCAUACAGGUCAAUCCAGUCGACCUACUCUUGCAGUUGAGACGACACCCUUAGUUGCAGGACAAAACGAUCCUCCCAAACAAGAAAAAACUAGUGAGCCGUUGGUCCAAGAGAGUUUGCUCUUCUCGAUUUUGAAACGCAUUGUAUGGUACAUUUUGUGGAUGCCUUUUUGGUGCAGCAUCGCCAAAAUAGGGCGAAGGGGGCUGACGUCGCACAUCUAUGAUUUGGCGUUGAAGUCUCCCCAUCCCAUUCGCAUUGGAGAGGUUGAGUACCAUCGUGUGGCCGUGAGCCGAAAGGGAUACAUAGACGCAGAUCCGGAGGAGGCCGCGGUUUUGAGACCGUCUUCCCAGCACGCUUUCGACGAUGCCUAUUUGCCAAUGUUGGCCAAGGAGCAACAGCAACGCCCGAAGAACUCUUCGAUGUUGAACCGUCCCUUUGUGCCGUCGGCAGGCAGAGAAGGCCAGGGCAUAAACCAGCAAAUCGGCAAAAAGCUGCUGGAGCAACAGAGACAACAAGAGACAACGGUGGAACCCGAUCCGCAAGAAGACCCGCCGACCUGGGUCGAUUUCGGAAUCGCCAUCUUUCUGGUCCUAUUCGGUGUGUUGGCCAUGCUGGCCGGUCUAAUUUCACUGUACAUCAAAGGCUGA